AUGGAAAGGUCACAAGCACAACCAAUUGCCACCGACAAGUUUGAUGGUUCCGAGGCUGAUAUUGUUGAUGAGUCCGCCAAAGGAAUCUCGUCUUUAAUCCUAGUUCAAGUGAUUACAAAGUUAUUCACUUUUUUAUUAAAUCAAACCUUGAUUAGAUUCGUUUCUCCUGAUGUUUUUGGAUUGAUUGUUUACUUGGAGUUUCUUCAAUCAUCGACUUUGUUCAUCAGUAGAGAGUCUUCUCGAUUAGCAGUACAAAGAGUUACUCAUGAUCAAACCAAAACACGAACUUUGCAAAAAGUGAUGAAUUUUGGAUUUUUACCGCUCAUUAUAGCAAUUCCAGUAACAUUACUCAUUGGAUACUUUCAAGGGAUCAAGUCUAUCAACUUUCAGAAGUAUUUUUUGAAUGUUCCGUUCCAUAGGGUUUCAAUUGGGGUCAUCAUCUUGCUGACCAUUCUUGAGUUGAGUAUUGAACCCAUUUAUUGUGUUUAUCAAUAUGAAUUAGAGUUUGGCAAACGAUCAAAGUUUGAAGGAAUUGCGCUAGCUACGAAAUGUAUGACUACAUUUGGAGCCAUUUAUUUAACACGUCAGUACUUUGAUGGCAUCAACUUUAGUGGAGCUGCCAUCUUGUCUUUUAUGGUCGGUCAACUCGCCUACUCGGCAACGUUGUUCAUCUCGUAUGGCAUGUCCUUUUCGAAAUUCAAUGAAAGAAAAGGCACUCAUAUUAAGUAUGGUGUUGUCAGCAACGAAGAGGUUCCCAAAUUUGACCCUGCUGUCUUAUCUGUAUUAAAGAGUCUUUUCGUGCAGCUGAUCUUCAAGCAGGUACUAACAGAGGGUGAUAAAUUAUUGAUCAGUCAUCUAUGCACAAUCGAAGAACAAGGGGUGUACGCCGUGAUUGUCAAUUACGGCUCAAUAAUCGCAAGAUUGUUAUUUCAGCCGUUGGAAGAAUCAACUAGGUUACUAUUGGCAAAAAUAGUGAACAGUACUGAAAUCCCUAAAGGCGAGUCUUUGGCUCAAUCGUUUACUUAUAUCAAAAUGAUUAGCUUGUUUUAUUUCAACUUGUGUUUAUUCAUUAUGUUUGCUGGAAUCACGAACGGCUCAUUCUUACUUCGUAUUAUGAUAGGAAGUAAAACAAAGUGGGCACAAUCCAACAUAUUCGACUUAUUCACCCUUUAUGUCACAUACAUUCCCUUCCUUGCGUUCAAUGGUGUUUUUGAAGCUUUUUUUACUGUAAUUGUACAACCCUGUGAGAUUCAAAGGUAUUCCAAGUUUAUGACAUUUAUCACAGCUAUUGUGUUAGUUAUGCUGUAUGUUUUAAUCUCUGUCAUAGAAUUGAGAUUGGCAGGAUUGAUACUCGCCAAUAUCAUCAAUAUGGCUAUGAGAAUUUGCUACUGCUACCGCUCAAUUAACAAGUACUACGGUACAAGGAUUAGGCUACUAACUUGCUUGUGGUACACCUCCGGAUCAAUAAUAUGCACAAUAGCUUCCUGGAUUGUGCAGUACAUUUUUGUCUUUAAACUGGAGUCAUUUGUUACAAAGAACUGGUCUGAAUUGUUUAAAAGCACAAUCUUUUCCGGAAUUCUUUUAGCUAACCUUUUGAUUCUAGAAAGGCAGAAUAUUCAAAACUCAAUAAAGAGGAUCUUUAAAAUAAAGGACGAAUAG